GUUAAAGAAAGGAUCCACUCAACGGGUGUCAUGCAUGUUGGAGUCACGCGUAUCCCGUUUACCGCUCACAUUAAUCCUGGGUCUUGUAGUUCUUCAGGCUCCCUAAUGUGUUGAAUAUAAACAGCUGAAAACUACAAAAUGUUACGGUUUAGCGCAGCCGCAGUAUGUUCGAUGGGGUAGAGAAAGCGCAUCCUGAAAGAUUCCUGCAGUUGUCGACGGAAACGUGAGGAGAACAACGCUAACCCGGAAAGAAUUGGGAUUUCAAAAUGGCAGAAAGGGUGAAUAACUUUCCUCCCCUGCCUCAGUUCAUGAGAAUAAAGCCAUGCUUUUAUCACAACAUUGAAGAGGAAAUUCCCGCACCCCACCAGCAGUUGGUUCGCAGAGUCUACACACUUUGGAUGAUGUAUUCUGGCACGCUGUGCUUAAAUGUGAUCUCAUGUAUCGCUUGGUGGGCUGGGGGUGGAAAAGCCACAGACUUCGGCUUUUCCCUACUCUGGCUCAUCAUCUUCAGCCCGUGCAGUUACACCUGCUGGUUCAGACCACUCUACAAAGCCUUCAGGGCGGAUAGCUCGUUCAACUUCAUGGCCUUCUUCUUCAUCUUCUUCCUUCAGUGUGUCUUGGCCCUCAUCCAGACUAUAGGCAUCUCUGGUUGGGGAACAUGCGGCUGGAUUGCAACAGUGAUGUUUUUCAGCACAAAUGUGGGCUCCGCUAUAGUGAUGCUUAUCACAACUCUACUCUUCACUGUGGUGACUGCUUUAAUGGCACUGGUUCUCAUUAAGGUGCACAGAAUGUACCGCGGUGGCGGCGGUAGUUUGGAGCGUGCUCAGGAAGAGUGGAGCACUGGUUUGUGGAAGAGUGCACCAGUGAGGGGAGCAGGGUUUAACACUGUUGCUCAGACAGCCCAAGGCCCAAGCUUGCCCCAGUACCCUGCCGCAGUGCCCAGCUAUCCCGACAACAGUCAAUGGUGAUAGCGCAGAGUCGCCUCGAGAUGGAGACAGAUAGCUGGUCGUCCUUUGGUGUACAAGACCACACUUCAAAAGACCAUCAUCUCUCCCUUACAUCACAAAAUGCAUAGACAUGUUUUUUUGAAUGAGAGGAUAGGAUUGCUAUUAAAAAAAAAAAAAAAAAGGUUACUACACUUGUAGUAGAGGGUUAUCUUCACACUAUGCCAUUCCAUUUCAACAUUUGUUUACAUAUAGUUUAUUAAAAUGAAUAAGAGAGAACUACAAUUUUAAUGCUCUUAAGUUAUGUGACUAUGCAAUUGGAAACGCGAAGAGAGUGAACUGUUUCAGGAUAGCAGUAUGUGUGCCUUAUGGAUAGUUUUAUGUUAAGCCAAAUCCUCUUGAUAGAAACCGUAGUGUACUGAAGAACCGGUUUGUUUGUUUGUUUUUUCUUCCGCAACAAGAGAACGUCUGCAAACUGCACGAUUUUUAUCUGGUGGAAUUCUUUUCUGUGUAUGAGGUGUUUUCUGUCAGGAAUUGUUUAUUUUUGAUACGCUGUGCUUGGAAUCUCCGUGCUUUGCUGCUUUGGCUGUGCUUUCUUGAAAUACGCCUUAAUACUACUUGCAGAUUUUGUAUGAGAAAAAUAACUUGCUUGACUUUAGCCUUAACAAAUGCUAUUUUUUUUGUUAAACUGGACUUAUGCUUCAGUGAAGCAACAUGUGGAGACAUUUAUAAGGUUUUGCGUAAUCCUCCUCUGUGAGCACUGAUGUGCCAAAAACCCUUCAGCCUCUUUCCAUUAUUUUGAAACUG